CCCCGGGGAGGGGUAAAAAUAUCGCAUAAUCUGGCAGCACAGGUUCAUACGCUCUCAGUUAUCUGUAUCAGUUUGGAUUAUCAACGCAAUAACAUCUAGAGUGAUUAAUUGUUUCUUCAAAAACAAUUUUGUUGAAAUGAGGCAAAGAUAUUCCAGCGACGUUGAGUCAGAGACCGAAAAGAAGUCGAAGAAGGAAGAUGGAAAUACUGAGAUUCAAAAUUUAAAAACAAAAAUUAAAAUUUUGGAAGAGGAAAAUGAAGAGCUUAAAAAACAAUUGCGGACCAAAGAUGAGGUCAUUGAAAAAAUUGUAACUGUGACCGAACGUAUCAGUACUGCUCAUACGUCCGAUGACUCGUCGAACAGAACAUCCGUCGUAAAGAUAAAUUGUAAUCGGAACCGCAAUUACUGCAAGCCCGGCAAUGGGCGUCAAAACAAUUUUAAACCGUACAAAAAACUUAGCCCCAGCGCCCGUCGACGAGGGAUGCUAUAUCGCAUUAAGAAGGAGGAGGAGAACAAUCAAUAAGAUUGAAAAAACAUUUUUUUAUAUUUGUAUUUUUUUAAGAAAAUUUAAUAAUUAAUAAAAUAUAUAAUCAUAACAAAGCGCGUGUUCUCAUAUCAUGAGACACUAUUGUCAUGUACAAAAUGAAAAUAAAUAAAGUUUAGUGCGUGAUUAAAAAAAAUAAAUGCAUUGUACGUUUUAAUU